UUGGCAGCACCAUGAAGUCAAGGGGCCUCUUUCUCCUCCUGGGGCUCUUCACCCUCUGGACAGCGCUACAGGGUGCACCAACACAAAGGAUCCCUGGCACAGCUUCUCCUCUCCAUGGUGAUGACCCAGGGAAGCACAUAUCAGAAGAAGACAAGCUGAAGGAAAAACUUGUGUUGGGGGCAACAAAACCGGUGCCUGGAGCAGAACCUGAGUCAACUGGAAAACCGGUGUCUGUUUUAAAACCUGGAUCUGAUGAAAAACCUGUGUCUGGUGGAGAAGAUGAUGAGGAUGACUUGGACGGGGUAGAUGGCGACCCUGACCUGGGCGAGGAUGACUUGGAUGGGGGAGAUGGCGACCCUGACCUGAGCGAGGAUGACUCGGACGGGGGAGAUGGCGACCCUGACCUGAGCGAGGAUGACUCGGACGGGGGAGAUGGCGACCCUGACCUGAGCGACGAUGACUUGGACGGGGGAGUUGGCGACGCUGACCUGAGAGAGGAUGACUCGGACGGGGGAGAUGGCGACCCUGACCUGAGCGAGGAUGAUUUGGAUGGGGGAGAUGGCGACCCUGACCUGAGAGAGGAUGACUCGGACGGGGGAGAUGGCGACCCUGACCUGAGCGAGGAUGACUUGGACGGGGGAGUUGGCGACCCUGACCUGAGCGAGGAUGACUUGGACGGGGGAGAUGGCGACCCUGACCUGAGGGAGGAUGAUUUGGACGGGGGAGUUGGCGACGCUGACCUGAGCGAGGAUGACUUGGACGGGGGAGAUGGUGACGCUGACCUGAGCGAGGAUGACUUGGACGGGGGAGUUGGCGACCCUGACCUGAGCGAGGAUGAUUUGGACAGGGGAGUGGGCGACCCUGACCUGAGCGAGGAUGACUUGGAUGGGGGAGAUGGCGACGCUGACCUGAGGGAGGAUGACUCGGACGGGGGAGAUGACGACCCUGACCUGAGCGAGGAUGACUUGGACGGGGGAGAUGGUGACGCUGACCUGAGCGAGGAUGAUUCGGACGGGGGAGAUGGCGACCCUGACCUGAGCGAGGAUGACUUGGACGGGGGAGAUGGUGACGCUGACCUGAGCGAGGAUGAUUUGGAUGGGGGAGAUGGUGACGCUGACCUGAGCGAGGAUGACUUGGACGGGGGAGAUGGCGACGCUGACCUGAGCGACGAUGACUCGGACGGGGGAGAUGGCGACCCUGACCUGAGCGAGGAUGAUUUGGACGGGGGAGUUGGCGACGCUGACCUGAGGGAGGAUGACUCGGACGGGGGAGAUGGCGACCCUGACCUGAGCGACGAUGACUUGGACGGGGGAGAUGGUGACGCUGACCUGAGCGAGGAUGAUUCGGACGGGGGAGAUGGUGACGCUGACCUGAACGAGGAUGACUCGGACGGGGGAGAUGGCGACCCUGACCUGAGCGACGAUGACUUGGACGGGGGAGUUGGCGACGCUGACCUGAGAGAGGAUGACUUGGACGGGGGAGAUGGCGACCCUGACCUGAGCGAGGAUGACUUGGACGGGGGAGAUGGUGACGCUGACCUGAACGAGGAUGACUCGGACGGGGGAAAUGGCGACCCUGACCUGAGCGACGAUGACUUGGACGGGGGAGUUGGCGACGCUGACCUGAGCGAGGAUGACUCGGACGGGGGAGAUGGCGACCCUGACCUGAGCGAGGAUGACUCGGACGGGGGAGAUGGCGAUCCUGACCUGAGCGAGGAUUCUUCUCUGAGGGAUGGGGGCUCUGAUGGGGCUGAAGACUGUGAUAAGUGAGGUGAUAAUUCUGACCUGUGGGAUGGUGGCUCUAAACAGCUGAUGGUUUGGAAAACUUUUUAUAUCAGAUCAGCCUCCAAAUACAUUCCUGGCAACAAGAGCCUCUCUUUCCUGUUUGACGUUUUCCAGCUGUCCCUUCUCUUUUACCAGUGAUUGCCUGGGAACAAGCUGCCUCCUUGAAUGACAAGGUUACUGCUCAGGGAUCACUCUCUCUGGGUGAAGGAAAUCAAUGUUCAGGGAUCUUCGCUCCCUGGCUUGAGUAGGGUGCAAGGGGACGUUGGGGUUCUCUCUCUAGGCUCUUACUCUAAGCUCGUCACCCUAGUGUCUGAGCACUUUGAUUCAGCUUUUAGGUCAUUUUUUCUUGAGAUAUAUUUUCUUUCUUAUUAAAUCUUUCCUGAUGGGUUAGCCAGCCCCUGGCACUGAUGUUCUCCACUCCUAGCAGUGUUCCAGAUUCAGGCCAGUUCUUCUCAGAUACCUGUCCCAUCGCAUGGUGCACCCAGAGCCAUUCCCUCCGGACACCUUCAGACUGGGCCUGGGGCCAGUGUCUUCCUCUGGCAGCCGGAAUUCCGAGCUGAAGGAAAACUCAUUUACUCAUAAAUUCCCCUUCUGAUGUGGCUCCCCCUGUCCCGAGGUCAGCCAGACCUUCUGGCUAAGAGCAAUCAUAGCCCUGGUUUGGGCAGCUUGGACGGGCCUCUGCCGCUCCAUUCUCCUAGGGACGGUGUAGACUUGAGGUAACGUGUUGGAAACCAUACGUAUGACUCCGUUACCCAGCUGUGCACAUAAAAACUGAGCUCCAUUCCUGGCAGGCUACUGAGAAAGGAUUGUGGAGCGAGCAAACGGGCUGUUUACACUUGGCGCCCGAAUCCAGGGUUAACAGUGUGUGACUAGGUCAUGUCUUUACGAAACAUGCAAAAAGAGAGCCAGGAUGGCCUAGUGGGUUGGGUCUGGGUAUAUUCCCUCUGUGCUCUGCUGUGUUUGUAACCUCAGCUCUGCCACGUGUAACUGUCUGGCUUGGGUGAGACAUUGUCUAUCUGUGUGUAGGUUUCCCCAGGGGUGAAUGGUGGGGGGGACCUACCUCCUGGGGACUCUGAGGACUCACCAGUGCAGCACUUAGUAAAUGUGUACAUGUAACUCUUGGAAUGUAGGGGCAGAAAUUGCGUGUAGGGUUGUAGGGGCUGAUUCUCCACAAGUCACCAGCCCAGUGCUGGGCCCAGUCGUAGGCUGCCUGAUUUCCAUGAACAGUGUUGAGGAUACACCUUCAAGCUGUGUAUUUGGCAACUGGGUGUUCAAAUGGCCACCCGUGCAGGCUAAUCUGCACGUUGCAUGGACAGACAUCGUAAUGGUGCCGGCAGAUUAGAGACACAAUUCUGCAGGUGCUCGGCCAGUGUCCUUGGGGAGUUAGGCCGUACGUGUGCUCUACACCAGGGAACACAAAGAGCCCGGCUUUGUAAAAACCCUUCUUGUUUUCACCGUUCUCUUCCUUGGAGUAAAAAGUCCCCUUCCCGUAACACUGUUGUUAACGGAGCUGUGUGUUUAUCUCUGCUGCUUUGCCCACCAUUCUGCGUGUAGCUGGGUGUCCGAGCCACCUUCCCGUCUGGUUGAUGCAGUGUGUGUUCUCUGCCAUGUGACGUGCGCUGGGAGGUAGCUUGGUCUCUUUCUUUUAGAAAUGAAAACCUCUCUUCAAUAAAUGUGGAUAUUAAAAAUAACCCCUGCCAGGAUAUUGCUGUGAAUGUCUGUCUGUGGUUUCAUAAGCCUGUGUCCCUGGCCUGUGCUCUCCCCUUGCCCUCCCAGACAGGAGCUUCUCU